AUGCCUACUCCGGAACCAAACCCUACGAACGCAAGUAUAUCCCACCGCACCUACUUCUACCCUUUACCGCACCCGUUGCCCCCGGGAACACCAAUUCCCUACUCCCCAGGCCUGCCGAACCAGAACCCGCUCAAUCUGCCGGAGACGCCCGUCGAACCUACAUCCUCCCUUGUCUUGACCAGCACGACGAAACAAUUCGUUGAUAUCCGCGUGUUCAAGCCGGUUAUGAGAGAAGAUCCUGAGUUGCCCAAUGAAGGGGGACCGAGAGUGAGACUUGACUGGGCCUUCAGCGGCACAUCCUCGAGCACCUCCAUCCCAGACCCCUACCCGCAUGGCAUCACCGAAAACUCCGACACCGCCGCCCGCCACACAGAGCACCACCGCUCCUGGCCCAACCCGGUCAAGCACGCCUCAUGGACGCAUUGGCUUGACAGUCGGCAUCCUGUUUCCACUUCGCCUGAGAACAUGCCCAAUGAUGAGGGCACUAUGUUUCCCAUCAGCAGCACGGAGACUCUUGAAUUCGGGCGGGGGGUCAAUCCCGCAACGGGGAAGAUGUGGGCAUACGAGGAACUCUGGACGGAUGGGGCGAUUUUGUCUGCGCCAACGAAAGAUGAGCCAGAUCCGCCGGUUUUUUCAAGUGUUCUUCGGUUGGACGACCCGCAACACGACGUCCGCGGUGUGGUUGUCCGACUAGGCCGUUACUGUCAAGGAAUCGUGAUGAAGGGGAAUUACGUGAGUGUUGAGCGGUGGGAGUGGGCGGCGAAGGAAAAUGAAUUUGGGGAUAAGGAGGCGGUGGGGGACUGGAAGAGGACGGUUAGGAUCGGUGAUCAGUUUCUACCGUGUGCGAUUACGUUUGAGCCGGGCGUCUUGAGUGAGGGUGGGAAGGUGAGGUAUUGGGAUUAUGAGUGGGUUUGUGAGGAAAUGGUUGCUUGGAAGGAGACGAGGAAAGAGAGUGCGAGCUGA